UAGAACACCAAUUACAAACCACAGGCUUCCUCCUCUUGGGAGCUGAUCCAGAAUUGUCUUUCUGGAAGGGAAGCACUCGAAUCCUUCCGAACUUUCCAAGUCCAUCCAUGAUUCAGAGAUAUUGCCUUCUCCCCUUGGGAUUUUCUGUGUUCCUGGUAGUGAAGUGUUGCUGAUGUAUUUGCUACUUUGCUUCUUUUCUCUUUCAAGAUUUGAUCAUUUUAUAUGCUGUUCGGGGAGAAAAAGAACUUUUGUUAGAAAGGAAAUUUCAGAAAUGAGUUUGGAUCCUCUAUAAGUGUGUUUAGAGUUCUUGGGGACAGUAGCUCUAACCUUGGAGUAAGUUUCUGCCUUUGACCUGCAUGGAUUAUUUUUUCAGGCUGCGGAAUUUCUCGGCACCUACCUGCAGUGUGGGGUUCUUGGUUUGGUUGCAGAGUAAGAAGGUGGAAGAAUGAGCUGUACUUGGUUAAGCAGUUGAAACCUUUUUUGAGCAGGAUCUAUAAAAGCAUAAUUGAAUUUGUUUCACCCCCGUGGAUUCCAGUGGGCCCGGCAGCGCAACAGGUUUGCAGAUUUCUUUUGAAAUUGUUUUUUUUUCCCCCCUCCCUCUGCCUCAGCAAAAGAAAAGAAUCUAUAUAACAGGUUCAUGUUCAAUUGCUUGGCUUUUCAGCGCUUAUUCUGAAGACUUUAUACGAUUUUUUAACUUGACCUCUGAACACAGCGGGCUUUGUGGUUGAAGUGCGUUUAUAUUUACUUAAGGGUGCACAUUUUAAAAUCUUCAAAUAAGAUUUCGUUUGUACAAAAACUCAAAUUCUCAAGUGUGCCUAGAAAUAGCACAGAUCUACUCUCCUCAGGCUUAUUUUUACUUUUUCAGGGUGUUCUACUUAGAGCCUGUAGACUAAUCACCUCCCUACUCCCCUAGCUUUAAUUCCCCACCCCCUCAAGGAAUUUGAAAACGUGUUAGGAAUAGUCCUUUGUUUUACUUAUGGACCUAGAAAAUUACAGAUUAUAAGAGCUGGAUAAUAAAGUAGUUUCCAAAAGCAUCUCAUGGGAAAUCAAAGUGCUUGGCAUUCUCAAAAAGGAGAAUAAAAGCUGGAAUCUCUAAGAGUGAAAGGAAAAUAAAGAUAGAAAUAUGCAUUUUAACUGGGAAAAAUAAUUGGAAAACUGACCUUUUCAAAUAUUCUUCUAAUUAUGAAAGUUAGAAAAGGUUGUGAUGCUCAGGAUUAUCCUGUAAUAUGUGAAGGUAUAUAAAUUAGCGCUUAAUUUAUAAGCAAAUUUAGGUAGAACAUUUAAAAAAUUAUAGUAUAUUUAAGUUCAUGAAAAGUAUUAUAAAUUCAGUGGGCCUAGAACUUUGACUCCACCGAAAUACAGUUUAAUGUGGACACUUUUAUGAAUACAUGUUGUAGCAUCUUUGGAUAUCUCUCAGAGGUAGCCUGAAAUAUUGUUCUCUCUCCUUCCCCAUUAAAAAAAAAUUCUCCUGUGAUCUGACAAAUUUUGUGACUUAAAAAGGACUAUCUCUUCAUUUUCUGAGCUGGAGUUUUCCACUCGCACCUUCGAUGCACGGCCUUAGUCGUCUACUUUGCCUUGUUUUGCUCAUUAACAUUGGGUUUAGUGGCUGGGCAACUUGAUGCAUAUGGAAGACCAGCGCCAAGUGAUCUGACAUAAUAAAAAUUCACGUUGUGACAUUCAACCUCAAGCAAAGUUGGAAAUUCCAUGGUGAAGUGGUGGUAUCUUUACUAAUCAUAGUGAAGAUGGGAGAAAAUGACAUACCUGCAGCAGAAGUGGGCUGAAAACCCUCUCUUCCCUGCCAGAUCAGGAAUGCCACCUGUUCUUGGGAAUAUACUUUAGAGAAAGGAAGGGCCAAAACUACGACUUGGCUUUCUGAAACUGAAGCAUAAAUUCUCUUUUCCUCCAUUUGUCUGGAUCUGAGAACCUGCGUUUGGUAUUAGCUAGUGGAAGCAGUAUGUAUGGCCGAAGUGCAUUGCUGCAGCUGGUAGCAUGAGUGUUGGCCACCAGCUGCAGCUGGCUGCCCUCUGGCCCUGGCUGCUGAUGGCUACCCUGCAGGCAGGCUUUGGACACACAGGACUGGUACUGGCAGCAGCGGUGGAGUCUGAAAGAUCAGCAGAGCAGAAAGCUAUUAUCAGAGUGAUCCCCUUGAAAAUGGACCCCACAGGAAAACUGAAUCUCACUUUGGAAGGUGUGUUUGCUGGUGUUGCUGAAAUAACUCCAGCAGAAGGAAAAUUAAUGCAGUCCCACCCCCUGUACCUGUGCAACGCCAGUGAUGACGACAAUCUGGAGCCUGGAUUCAUCAGCAUUGUCAAGCUGGAGAGUCCCCAGCGGGCUCCCCGCCCCUGCCUGUCACUGGCCAGCAAGGCCCGGAUGGCAGGUGAGCGAGGAGCCAGUGCUGUCCUCUUUGACAUUACUGAGGACCGAGCUGCUGCUGAGCAGCUGCAGCAGCCACUGGGGCUGACUUGGCCAGUGGUGUUGAUCUGGGGUAAUGAUGCUGAGAAACUGAUGGAGUUUGUGUACAAGAACCGAAAGGCCCAUGUGAGGAUUGAGCUGAAAGAGCCCCCAACCUGGCCAGAUUAUGAUGUGUGGAUCCUCCUGACUGUGGUGGGCACCAUCUUUGUGGUCAUCUUGGCUUCGGUGCUCCGCAUCCGAUGUCGCCCCCGCCACAGCCGGCCGGAUCCCCUUCAGCAGCGAACAGCCUGGGCCAUCAGCCAGCUGGCCACCAGGAGGUACCGAGCCAACUGCAGGAGGGCCCGGGCUGAGUGGCCAGACUCAGGUAGCAGCUGCAGUUCAGCCCCUGUGUGUGCCAUCUGCCUGGAGGAGUUCUCCGAGGGCCAGGAGCUCCGAGUCAUUUCCUGCUUCCAUGAGUUCCACCGAGCCUGUGUGGACCCUUGGCUCCAGCAGCACCGGACUUGCCCCCUCUGCAUGUUCAACAUCGUAGAGGGAGAUUCGUUUUCCCAAUCCCUGGGACCCUCUCGAUCUUACCAGGAACCAGGCCGGAGACUCCACCUUAUCCGCCAGCAUCCUGGCCAUGCCCACUACCACCUCCCUGCUGCCUACCUGUUGGGCCCUUCCCGGAGUGCAGUGGCUCAGCCCCCACGACCUGCUCCCUUCCUACCAUCCCAGGAGCCAGGCACGGGCCCUCGGCACCACCGCCUCCCCAGAGCUGCACAUCCCCGGGCUCCAGGCGAGCAGCAGCACCUGGCAGUGGCCCAGCACCCCUAUGCACAGGGCUGGGGGCUGAGCCGCCUCCGAUGCACCUCGCAGCACCCUCCUGCUUGCCCAGCGCCCCCGCGCCGGGCCAGGCCUCAUGACAGCAGCGGGUCUGGAGAGAGCUACUGCACAGAACGCAGUGGCUACCUGGCAGAUGGGCCAGCCAGUGACUCCAGUUCGGGGCCCUGUCACGGCUCUUCAAGUGACUCAGUGGUCAACUGCACAGACAUCAGCCUGCAGGGCAUCCACGGCAGCAGUUCUACCUUCCGCAGUUCCCUGAGCAGUGACUUUGACCCCUUGGUAUACUGCAGCCCUGAAGGAGAGCCCCAGGGGGAGGAGACUCAGCCUGGUGUGACCUCUCGGCCCCGUUCUUUGGACUCAGUGGUGCCCACAGGGGAAACCCAGGUUUCCAGCCACGUUCAUUACCACCGCCACCGGCACCACCACUACAAAAAGCGCUUCCAGUGGCAUGGCAGGAAGCCUGGCCCAGAAACUGGGGUCCCCCAGUCCAGGCCUGCUGUUCCCCGGACACAGCCCCAGCCAGAGCUGCCUUCUCCUGCUGAUCAACCUGCCAGAUCCAACCCAGAAGCACCUUCAGGGGAGCUCCCCAACACACAGCGGCUCAGAGCCCUCACAGAGCCAGCCCCGGGCCCAGCUGACACCUCCAGCCCCAGCUCCAGUCCCAGAGGCCUCUUCCACUUGCAGAAAUCCAGCCUCCCUGUCCGACACUCACAGAGGAGACGACGAGGGGGUCCCUCAGAGCCCACCCCAGCCUCUCGCCCUCAGGACUUGACUGCACACCCAGCGUGCCAUAUUUUUCCCCGUUAUGGCCCCAGCCUGGCAUACCCAUGGUCCCCAGAGGCCCAUCCAUUGAUCUUCGGACCUCCAGGCCUGGACAGGAGGCUGCUACCAGAACCCCCAGGCCCCUGUUACCCAAGUUCACAGCCAGUGUGGUUGUGUUUGACUCCACGCCAGCCCCUGGGACCACAGCCACCUGGGGAGGGGCCUUCCGAAUGGAGUUCUGGCACCCCAGAGGGCAGGCCAUGCCCUUACCCACACUGCCAGGUGCUGUCAGCCCAGCCUGGCUCAGAGGAGGAGCUUGAGGAGCUGUGUGAACAGGCCGUGUGAGAUGUUCAGGCCUAGCUCCAACCAAGAGUGUGCUCCAGAUGACUCAGGGCCCUACCUGGCACAGAGUCCUGCUCCUGAGAGAAGAAAGGACCUCAGAAAACACCCCUCUCUUUGCUGUACUUCCUGGAACCACUGGAAGAAGAGUGGUGAUGGUGGGUGGCAGGAGGUAUUGUUUCCUGCUGCCAGCUCCAGAUCUUGUCUGCAGAACACAUCUGCAGUGCAGCAAGUCUGUGUCCAGCCAGGCAACCAGCUGCUGCCUGUGUGGACUGGCUCCCUUGAAGGCUGUUUUUUGAGAGCAGAAAGCUAGGAAUGGGUAGAUAGGUGUUAUAAUGGUGCUGCUCCUACCCUCAGCCCCAGCAGUCUCCCUCAUCCCAAGCCUCAUGUUCAUACCAGCCAGUGGGUCCAGCUGAAUGCAUGCAUCUCCUUCCUUGGGUGAGUGCUGCACGCCAGCUUUGGCUUCUCCCAGGUAAGGCUGCUGCAUCAGCAGCAACCCUGGCUCUUACCAUUUUCCUUCUUUCCAAAAGGAUCAGGAGCAUUGGCGAGCCCUGAGCCCUAAAAAGCAGAGCUCUGCAGCUUCUCCAGGCAAUGUCUGCCCUGGUGCAUAAGGGAGGAUAUUUUUUCCCUUCUUGUCCUUAAUUGUCUGAUUCACUAUAUUAGGUCAGAGGGGAGGCUUUAGGAAGCCAGGGUGUGGAGUUCUGUCCCCAAGGUGGUACAGCACCUUGAAGAACCUGAGAUGAAGCCUCUGAUUUCCAAACUCCCUUGUCACUCCAGGAGCCCCAGUUCAUCUAGGGGCUGGCGCUGGUGAUAGGGAGAGGGAAUAACUCUUCCUUGGAGAUCUCCUAUCUCAAAGUCUCAAAGUAGGCGGAAAGAAGAUUUCUGCUAGACUUCAUCUAGGAAGAGGGAGGAUGGAAUGAAGGUAGAAAAGGUAGAAUUAGAGCUGAACAAGGACAACAGGGAAUUCUUCUCUGGGAGUUUUCUCUCACAGCAGGACGGGGAACAGGGGGAGAGCAAAGGAAAAGCAAAGUGGGACCCUUGGGGUUAGAUGGCCCAGAGGUCCAGCCUCCUAAUAGAAGCCAUACAGGUCAGGGUAAGCCAUGCGAGAGUGGAGUUGCAGCAGGAAGUCUGGCCUGGGCAGCUGGUACCAAGUGGGCAAGGGCUGAGGGGUUUCCUUAGGGUGACAUUCACCCCAGGGCAGCUUGACCAUUGCUGGCCCCUCUAGCAUUAUCCCAUUUGGAAUGUGAAUGUGGGAGCAAAGUGGUCAUAGGACCCCACCUGGGAAUCUUCUUCCCUCAAAGUAAGUGGGGAACUAGCACCUAGGCACCCACAUGGGUAUUUAUAUCUGAACCAGACAGAAAGAUGCUUGAAUCAGGCACUAUGUUGAGAAAUGUAUUUAUUUGCUAAUAUAUUUAUCCACAAAUGAA